GCUUCCGCCGGGGAGCAUGGCGGCGCUGCUUGCAUUUUGCAGCGGGCUCCGCAGGACCCGGGGGAAGCAUUUCGUCGAGGCGGCCGCGCGGCUCGCUGCUCCUGGUACUCACCAGGUGUUAAGAAGUUGUUCUCAGUACCAGCAGGUAACUGAUACGACAGACCUGCCCAUUUCAAUGAAAAAUCCUUACAAGGAGCCUCUGAAGAAAUGUAUCUUGUGUGGAAAACGUGUAGAUUACAAGAAUGUACAGCUUUUGUCACAGUUUAUUUCUCCAUUUACUGGAUGCAUUUAUGGAAGGCACAUAACAGGUCUUUGUGGGAAGAAACAAAAAGAAAUCACAAAAGCUAUUAAAAGAGCUAAAAUCAUGGGUUUUAUGCCAGUUACAUACAAGGACCCUGCAUACCUCAAAGAUCCCAAAGUUUGUAAUAUUAAAUAUCGGGAGUAAACUGUUAUCAACAACAUUUUAUAAGUUAUGUUAAUAUUGACUGAAAUUCUAAAUUCUAAUAUCUAAUAAACAAAUCAGCUGUGAUAACA